AUGCAGGCCAUGGCCGUGUGUGUUGGACUGCUCCUCUUCAGUGUGACCUGGGCAGCACCAGUAAAAUUUCAACCACAGACUGUGAAAACUAGGCAAGGCUGUGUAGAAGAACAGAGAGCAAACAGGAUGCUGAAUGAAGAGGAGAGCACCACCAACCAAGGCAGUGCCCAUGGGGACCUAACAGCAUCUAUGCAUCCUGAGCCCACAGGGAUUAAAGGAGCAGAGAAUGUAGGGGAUGCCCUCCUUAACCGGCCUGACCAGGAAAGAUAUGGUGCCACUCUCGUCAGAAGUAACCCACAGCCUAUAAAGAGACCGGUGACGAGGACUGAACUACGGAGGGACAAAAACAGAGAGAAGAAACCUAAGAGUGUUCCAAGCAUGAUUCCAGCAGAUAUCAACGAUGCUAAAGACCACUUCAAAGAUGAAGAGAAUCAACAGAGGUAUCUGCUAUCCCGGAACAGCUCAGUAAAAAGCAAACAUACCCAUCAGGUCCGACGGAGCACUCACUAUCUAGCACAUCUGCCCCAAAUCAGAAAGAUCCCCGGGGACUUUGAAGGCAGUGGUUCCCCAUACACUCAAGUGAGGGGGGAUAAUGACGUCCCUCCUUUCAGUGGGGACGGGCAACAUUUCUUGGACAUUCCUGGCAAAGGAGGUGCUGUAGGGCCUGGUCUGGACAGCUCCGCUAGUCACAGGGGCCUCUCGGGCUCUGACAAAGCUGAGAUUGGUAACCCGCAAACAAGUGGAUUGGGUUCUAACGAGAUCCCAGAGAAAGAGAGACAUGGCGAUGCCAUUCCAACCGGAGACGGAGACGAAACGGCACACCGGGCAGGUGCUGCUGGUGUGAGCCUUGCGGAGGGCGGCAACGACAUCACAGGCAGCACUAAUUUUAGGGAACUCCCUGGAAAAGAAGGAAACAGAGUUGAUGCCGGCAGCCAAAAUGCCCAUCAAGGGAAAGUCGAAUUUCACUACCCACGAGCGCCCUCCAAAGAGAAGCCGAAAGGGGGCAGCCGCGACAGUGCGGGGAGCGCCAGUUACAAUGAGAUUCCCAAGCGCGGCAAAGGAAGUUCUAGGAAAGAUGCCGGAGAAUCCUACAGGAACCAAGUGACCUGGACUGAAAAACAAAGAUUUCCGGGAAAAGGCAAAAGCCAGGGCCAGGUUCUUCCUUCUCACAGUCUUGGUAAUGAGAUUAAAAGCAAAGGCGAUUCCUCUAACGCUCCCAGUAGUGAGGGGAUUAUAAUCACACACAGCAGAAAAAACCAUUAUGUACUCCAUGGACAAAAUAACUCCACACGGAAUACAGGGAUGUCACAACGGAGAGGCGCCUGGCCGUCACGAAGGCCCCAUGCCCACAGGCGCUUUAGCCCGCGCAGAAGCGACAGCAGUGAGUCAUCCAGUGACAGUUCAAGUGAGAGUGAUGGGGACUAGUCCCCAGGAAUUUGGACCAGUCCUCGGCUUCUGUCCUGGAGGAAGAGAGGACACAGCGGGAACUGAGCAAGCUAACAAGCCUGGUCCCCUCAGGACGUUGUGCUGUUACAUAUACGGUUACAGGAAGAAUUUCUACUCAAAGUUCUAAUGCUUUUUUUAAAUAAAAAUUUUCAUUAAGAAUUGAUAUUGUAGGUAAUAUUUGGAUAGCCAACAUCUUAAAAUGGCCUGUGGAUGUCAUGUGUGCCUUGAUGUGUUGUUUGCUCUUCAGAGUGAAAAUAAAUGUGCUUUUUCUAUGAUCGUCUGUAGUUAAAUGAGCUAUAGGGGACUGUUGGCCGUAGUGGAAGGAUUAACGAGGUUUAAUCCACCCCCAGCAGAGAGGUAAGGUGUGUGAAAGGACUCCCCGGAGCAAGGCUGGAACCACUCCCUGACUGUGCUCUAACGGGCAUCUCCCAGUUGGUGGCCAGCUGCGCUCUUCCCUCACGAUGUGCAUUUACAGAGUCCUACACGGCAAGUUUUAUUUCUGAAACCAAUCUCAUGAUCACUUUGGCUGGUUCUGUCUCUACCUAGAGAGGAGAAUGGGAUGAAGUGCCGUGGGAGACCGGGAGAGAGACGCACAAAGGAGAGGGCCAGACAAGGACCCGGUUCACAGAUACCACACACUGACCACUACCAAAGUAUUCCCAGCUCUGUGUCUUUCUCCCGUUCUUGAGCACAGAAGGUUUUCUGGUCAAGAUGGUCUUGUAGCACAGGUCUGGAGAGGGGACCUAUGUCUUCUGCUGAGGAAAGCUUUUGUCCCAUGGCAAGAGAAACGUACCCAGCUGGUGCCCCGUUUUCUUUUCUCAACCUUCUCCUUGGCUUAGCAUGAGCAUGCU